CAAAAACCUAGAUAUUAACAGAAACAUUUUGCAUAAUUAAGGAAAUUAAUAUAUUUUGUUAAGCCUUAAUCUGAUUAUUAGCCAUAUAUAUUUAGAUAGAUGCUAUACAUAAAAAGAGAAAGAGCAUUAAAAAGGAAAAAUCUUAGCAUCAUUCAUCUCUAAUAGACUAACACAGUGGGAAUAAAAAAAGAGUUAAACAAUAUCAGUAGAUUAUAAAAUAAAACCCAUCAUUAUUGUAUAGGCCAUUUUUCUCUUCUUACCACUUUAACCUAUAAAAAAGAACAAAAAAAGGAGGAAAAAUACUUAUCGAGUGAAAAUGGGAACUGCGACGUCGUCGAUGGUGGCAAAGCUAGCAUUCUUCCCACCAACUCCGCCGUCGUACACGGUGGUUAUGGAGGAAUCGACGGGGAAGAUGAGGUUAUCGACGGACAAGAUGCGUCACCGGAAAGAUGAGGAAAUCGAAGUGGUGAGGAUAAAGACGAAAAGAGGGAAUGAGAUCGUGGCGAUGUAUGUGAAGAAUCCAAUGGCUAAACUCACCGUUUUGUAUUCCCACGGCAACGCAGCCGAUUUAGGUCACAUGUUCCUCAUCUUCAACGAACUAAGUCACCAUCUCAAUGUCAAUCUCAUGGGAUACGAUUAUUCAGGAUAUGGGAAAUCUUCUGGUAAGCCAAGCGAGCAAGAGACGUACGCAGACAUAGAAGCAGCUUACAAUUGGCUAAGAGAAACGUACGGUAUAAACGAUGAACGUAUCAUUUUAUACGGACAAUCUGUGGGAAGUGGACCGUCGCUUGAGCUUGCUUCUCGUCUUCCACGUCUUCGAGGACUUGUUCUUCACAGUCCUUUCUUGUCCGGUCUACGUGUCAUGUACCCUGCUGUCAAGCACUCCUUCUGGUUCGACAUUUUCAAGAACAUUGACAAAAUACAACUCGUGGACUGUCCCGUUCUUGUGAUUCAUGGAACAAAUGACGACGUGGUGGAUAUUUCACAUGGAAAGCAACUGUGGGAGCUAUGUAAAGAAAAAUACGAACCCUUAUGGCUUAAUGAAGGAAAGCAUUGUAAUCUUGAGAUGUUCCCUGAGUACUUACCUCACUUAAGAAAGUUCAUAGCUGCCAUUGAGAAGCUUCCAGUUCCAAAAUUCCGAAACCAUUCAUCGGCUGAUGAUCAAAAGAAAGAGAAACAACAAUUGAAUUCGAAUUCGAAGAAGAGGAGUAGUUGGAUUGGAUCUAGACAUAGCACCGAAUGUGUUACUUCUGGAGACAAAUCAAGAAAGAUUAGUAUCGGUAAUCGGUUUGGGAAGGCGAGAAACAGCACGGAUAGCUUCGAUCGGCCAAGGAAUAGCUUUGACAGGUUGGGUGAAAUGGUGAGAUCAGUUCGGUUGUGUAAUAUUGAUUGUGUGAAGAAUUCAGUUGCAAAGGUUUGAAAAUCAAAUGAAAUUUUUUUUUUCUGGUUCUUUGGUUAUAUUCUUUGGAAAAGAGGUAGAACAUAUUUAAUCCAAUAA